AUGGCCUCCUUCAUCGUCAGUCGUUUGAAAAAUAGCCAAAACCUCGUACCCAGCCCUUCAUUCUCGGUUGAUGACGCGGAGAACCUGGAGAAUUUGGAGAACCGGGAAACUUCCCUCUUCGAGACCCGUUGCUCUUUGUCGUUCUUCCGGCCAAUUUUGGAUCCACAGCCCGACAAGCAGGCUGCGAGAUCGGAGAGCGCAUGCAAGAAGCAGCCCUGA